UUCUCGUAACAACGGACAAGACUUUCAGUUAUUUUGUUGGUUGUUGUCGGGCACAAUAAGAGUUUCUCUUAAGUUUAGCUAGCUAACGUGCUAAUAUUUGCCACAAUGGACAGGCAUCCCAAGCGAAGAGCGCAAAUGACAUUCAAGAAAAGUGAACAAAGUAAAAACGAAGAUGACAGUGGGCCUCCAGCUAGUAUGAAAAAUGCAAAUGAAAGCGAGGGACCAGCAUCUUCAACAGAGGGGCAUCGAGGUGAUGGAGAACAGAAAAGACCAGUGGGUAGACCUAAAGGCAGUGGACGUUCUGGAAAUAGUGUUAGUGGAGAUGUUCAGGUUAGGCCUAAAGUUAUUUUUAAAACUGAUAAUAAAUGGGUUGGUGAUGGAGAGCUAAUGCCCACAAGUUCAACACACCUCAAGGGAGCCAUUCAAGGUCGACCAGUUACAUUUGAAAAGGAGAGCGCAUCAUCAUUAGCCAGUAAACAGAGUAAAGCCACAUUUGAUUAUCCCAGGACAUCUCAAGUGCUGGUCAUCAAGGAGGAGAUCACCACAACUGCUCCAGGUCAGGCCAAGGUCAAAGUUGUCCAAGAACCUGCAACAACACAUCAUCAAGGAAGUCCACCUGUGGCUCCCACUAUAGACUUCUCCAAACCGAUCCAUGUUGUCCACGAAAAUGGGAUGACCUUCACAGUAUUGGAUGGUAAAGCCAUAACGCUCAGCAAAGUUCCAUACCCACCACUUGUUCAUGUGAAUGUUCCGCCACCCCCAGUAAAAGUGAAGACUAGAGGGAUGAAUCUCACCAUGCCACCAUCAGAAGCAGAAAAUCUUGAAGUACCACAGAGCGUAGACAGGAAUGGCUACAUCAAGAGACCUAUGAAUGCGUUCAUGGUCUGGGCGAGAAUCCACAGGCCUGCCCUGUCCAAGGCCAACCCAACAGCCAAUAAUGCAGACAUCAGUGUGCAGCUAGGAAUAGAGUGGAGCAAGCUUACUGAGGAAGAGAAGAGGCCAUACUAUGUUGAAGCACGUAAACUCAAAGACAAGCACAGACAGGAGUUCCCAGGUUGGAUCUAUCAGCCCAGACCUGGAAAAAGAAAGUGCUACCCUUCUGUGAUGUCCUUUGCUCCUGAACCAUCCUGUUGCUCUGCAGGGACAAGUGGUCAUGCGGCUGAGUCUUAUCCCGUGACCAUGAUGACUAUGGCCAAUACUACCACCAGCUCUUGUGUUCCAUACACACAGGCCACAGGCUCUAAUGACCAUGGUGUCCAGGUGGCUAUAACGGCAGCUCCAAAUGCCUCUCAGACUACCAGCCCAGUCUCCAUAUUCUUCCAGACUACUGCCUGCCCACAUCCCCACCCAACAGCCACAACCUCUGGUGGUAAGCCUGCAGAAGGCAAGCAUGAAGCCAGUCACUCUGACAGCAAUCCUGAAGAAGCUCCCAAACCCAGGAAAAUCAGCAGGCAACAAGCCUACUACAAUUCUGCCAGUGAGAUGCCCUCAACAAGCAUGGCAUCCAGCUCCAGAGGUCUCCAAAUGCCACUCCCUAACAUGGCUCACCCUCACAUGUAUCCUCCAUCUCCCAUACCACAUCCAGUGGGCCUCUUUCCCACCCCUCGCUUCCCCUUUGCUCCACCCUACUUCAUGCCUGGACCUAAUUUUUAUCCACCAGGAUCAUACCCUUACCUACACAGCCCAUACUCCUACCCAGUUCUCCAACCCCAGGAUUUCUCAAACCCCAUGGCUACUCCCAUGGCUACUCCGGGCUACCCCUAUGAUGACAACUACGAUCAGCAUGAGUCCACAUUUUCCCUUCUCAACAGAGACUACCCGUUUUGGCAGAAUGGAGAGGGCAGGCAGAGAUGUCAAGGGCAGGCCCCCACUGCCUCUGAGCUCCUAGGUUCGGUCCCUCCACUGGACGUACGUGCCCUGGAGAACGUCUUCACCAACUCUGCCAGUGUCCAGGAGGUCCAAGUCACCAAUGAGGAGGACGAGGAAGAAGUGCGCGUGAUGAGAAUUCUCUAGGAUCAAACCUAAGAGACAUCCUUUAGCAAAAUCCCUGAUAGCCUAUUUGUUGAUUCAGUGAAUCAAUACUUUGUGUUGUACAUACAAAAAUAAAUGAAUUGUUACUGUUAUUCUGAAAUGUAUUUUUAACGAUUAAUACUGUUUUAUGCGAUCGACCACUGCUCUGCACAAAAUGAAAUGUCAAGUAUUUUAAAGUGUUUGAUAUGGGUUCUAUUUAUGCCUUUUUGUUCUACAAAUACCUGGUUUGUAAGGAGAAAAGGG